CGAAGUCAACGAGCAUCUUCUGACUAGUCUAGCUAGCUCUUCACAGAAUCUGCGCUCCGCUUCUUCCCUUAUCCGAAGCCUCCAGCCUCCCUCUCGAAUCCCACCUCCAAGCUCCGAUCCAUGGCGUCUCACGAUCACCACCACUCCCACGAGCACGAGCACGAGCACGGGCACGACCACCACCAUUCCCACGGGGACGGCGGUGGCCAUGGAUCGGGGGGAUCGUGGGUAGGGGAGGACGGCCGCGUGUGGCACUCCCACGACGGCCUCGCGCCCCACUCCCACGAGCCCAUCUACUCCCCCGGCGACUUCACCAAGCGCGCGCCGCCGCUCGCCUCGCGCAACUUCGCUGACCGCGCCUUCACCGUCGGCAUUGGCGGUCCCGUCGGCACCGGGAAAACUGCCCUGAUGUUAGCAUUAUGCAGAUUCCUACGCGACAAGUAUAGUCUUGCAGCUGUCACAAAUGAUAUAUUCACAAAAGAAGAUGGAGAAUUCUUAAUCAAACAUGGAGCUCUCCCUGAAGAGCGCAUACGUGCAGUAGAAACUGGAGGUUGCCCUCAUGCGGCUAUCCGUGAAGAUAUCAGCAUAAAUCUUGGUCCUCUGGAGGAGCUAUCGAACUUGUACAAAGCUGAUUUGCUACUCUGUGAAUCUGGGGGAGAUAACUUGGCAGCUAACUUCAGCAGAGAAUUAGCAGACUACAUAAUCUACAUUAUUGAUGUCUCUGGUGGGGACAAGAUACCAAGAAAAGGUGGCCCUGGUAUAACACAGGCUGAUCUUUUGGUAAUAAACAAGACAGACCUAGCACCUGCUGUAGGAGCUGAUCUGGCUGUAAUGGAACGAGAUGCGCUUCGCAUGCGGGAAGGAGGGCCUUUUGUGUUUGCGCAGGUGAAACAUGGAGUGGGCGUCGAGGAGAUUGUGAAUCAGAUUUUGCAGGCGUGGGAAAUUGUGACUGGUAAUAAGCGGCGAUGAGGUCUUGCGACUUGGCCAUAUGUUGGAUGCAGAUUUGUAUGUGGAUCUGAUUGACUCGGCACUUCCACAUGCAUAGACCAUUUCUUGGUUUCUCAAUAAAUUUUAUUUGGUGCUAAUUGUACUUGAGAAGUAUAGACAUGGAGUCUUAAAAUUGCAUCCUUGGGUUAAAUGGCAUAUUCGAGAUCUCCUUUUCUCAAUAAAUUUUGCAUCUUUUUGUGCGA